AUGGAUGAAUUUGUUCAACAUCUUCGAGCUGCAUAUCAAUCACCAGCUGCUAAACAGAUUGCUUCACAAAAACUUGGUAAUCGUAAACAAGGAUUACAUGAACCUGUUACUGCAUAUUAUACUGAUAUUAUACGUCUAUGUAAAACCCUCGACGAUCGAAUGACUGAUACAUCUAAACUCGAUCAUCUACAACGAUGUUUAAAACCAUCUUUAACCAAAGAAGUUUUACGUAAAAAGCCAAUAACACCCACUGAAUUUUUAGAAUAUGCCCGAGAAGAAGAAGUUCUAAAUCAAUUGGUUAAUGCCAACGAAUCUGAUUAUACUGAACAACAAUUGGAUAAACAAAUACGUGUUCAGGAAUUUACUAAUCAACCGCCAUAUAAUUAUUCAUCAUCAAAUGCGCCUUAUCAACCUCGAUAUACAUCAUCAUAUUGUUAUCCGACUCCUCCGUCACCAUCGGCUAAUCGUCCUCCUUCGCCCUAUUAUACAAAGUUAUCCAGCAUCACGUCCUCCUGCUCUUUGUUGCUAUAA